UCUUCUUCUUGGCAAUUACAGAUUCCAAAUAGUGGUUUGCCAAUUAAUUAAGUUGCAUCCCUAUCAUCACAUAUCGUCUUAUUUCAUUCAAUAUUUGUCUGUAACAGUAGUCCUGGUUUGAACUAAGUGCAAUGGCAACCAUGAAACACCUGUCAGCCAGUGAUGGAGAUAUGAUCACCAUUCUUAGCAUUGACGGAGGAGGCGUCCGGGGGAUCAUCCCUGCAACUAUUCUUCAAUUUCUAGAGGCAGAACUUCAGAAACUCGAUGGUCCAGACGUCAGAUUAGCAGAUUAUUUCGAUGUCAUUGCGGGGACAAGCACAGGAGGUCUCGUUACCGCAAUGCUAACUGCUCCAAACAAGCAAAACAGACCAUUGUUUGCGGCCAGGGACAUUAUACAGUUCUACUUGGAGCAGUGCCCUUCAAUUUUCCCAGUCAAAAGGUUUGCAAAGGAACUCUCGGAGGAAAGAAAGUUGCGAAUCAAGCGAUCAUCUGUGGUAUAGUUUGUCGUAUGAGUACUUCAACGAAACUACGUGAAACACGCGAAUAAACGACUGUAGACCUUUUGAUUUAUUUCUUAGUGCUGGUGUCACAUGACAAUUUGUCUGCUGCCUAUUUCAGUGUGUAAUAAUGGCAACUUAUUUAACUCGGAGCUGAAGUAAACCUGUCAAUGUCAAUGAUGUGAAAUGAAAUGAAAGUAUUUUUUUUCAUUUCUUUUAAAAAAAAUAUGAGUAUGGGA